AUGGCCUCCGAGCUUGGUAAACAUCCUGUCCAACAUGCGCCGGCGCCUUGGACCACGAAAUCGGAAUGCUAUUGGCUGUUUCUGAACUUGAAGAAGCUGCCUGAAGGCGUCUAUGAUCCGCUGGAACAGUCGUGUCUACAGCAUGGGGAAUUCAAAGGCGGCUUGGGAUUCGCCAUGGUAGUGAGGUAUAGCGAUACGCCGGUCGGCACGUACGACGAGCUUGCGCUUAUCCCAGGCAAUUUCAGUGUACCCAAGCCAUCAGAGGGCCCUCCCAGGAUCCCUAAGAAAGCCCUUCGCGUAUCCCGUAUCUACGUAUCACAGCGCACAACCACUUAUAACGGUCGCCUCAAUUGGAACAUCCCAAAGCGCUUGGCUCGCUUUACGUUCUCCGCCCCGCCGACGCCCGCGGGGAGCCGUCCGCCAGAGACCCUCACCAUCAAUGUGUUUCUGCCUGGCACCGUGGAAGGAGAUGGUGUAGCACCCUUCUUCGCAUGCACUCUGAAACCAUUCACGUGGAUUCCAAGCGUUCCUAUGAGCACGCGGUGGCUGCCACUGAGCACGGUGAUGGCGCAGCCGCCACUUACUGAGGCUGCGGGCUUCAAGCUUGGUGACGAAGCGGAGGUGGAAAGCGCUAAGAUCGACCCGUAUGACACCAGUCCGAAGGAUGAGGAUGCCCUUCUCUGCGGUACAGACCGCUGGUGCUCUUUCCCUAUUGAUGCGUACGUGCGCAGAGCGCGGGGUUGCUGGGUGAAGGUCCACGAGCCUGGAAAAGGCGACGAGGGUGCGACAAGAGCGGCCGAACAGCCGGACCGAUACUGGCCUCAAGACGUCCGGCCAUGGAGCAUUGGAGCGUGGAUGGAGGAUACGGAGAUGAUCGUCCCGACUCCAUUGGAAUGGAAGCUCUAA